GCCAUGCCCCGCCGCCACGCGGGAGGGGACGAGGGCGGCGCCGCCGGGCUCUGGGCGCAGAGCGGCGCGGCAGCGGCGGCGCGCGGGGGGCGCCCAGGCGGCGGCAUGAAGGAUGUGGAGUCGGGCCGGGGCGGGGUGCUGCUGAGCUCGGCGGCCGCCGGCGGCGACGGGCUGCUGCUGCUGGGCACCCGCGCGGCCGCGCUAGGCGGCGGCGGCCGGAGGGAGAGCCGGCGGGGCAAGCAGGGCGCCCGGAUGAGCCUGCUGGGGAAGCCGCUCUCCUACACCAGCGGCCAGAGCUGCCGGCGCAACGUCAAGUACCGGCGGGUGCAGAACUACCUGUACAACGUGCUGGAGAGACCCCGCGGCUGGGCGUUCAUCUACCACGCGUUCGUUUUUCUCCUUGUCUUUGGUUGCUUGAUUUUGUCAGUGUUUUCCACAAUCCCUGAGCACACAAAGUUGGCCUCAAGUUGCCUCUUGAUUCUGGAGUUUGUGAUGAUUGUCGUCUUUGGUUUGGAGUUCAUCGUUCGAAUCUGGUCUGCAGGUUGCUGCUGUCGGUAUAGAGGAUGGCAAGGAAGACUGAGAUUUGCUCGAAAGCCCUUCUGUGUUAUAGAUACCAUUGUUCUCAUUGCUUCAAUAGCAGUUGUUUCUGCAAAAACUCAGGGUAAUAUUUUUGCCACGUCUGCACUCAGAAGUCUCCGUUUCCUGCAGAUCCUCCGCAUGGUGCGCAUGGACCGGAGGGGAGGCACGUGGAAGUUACUAGGUUCAGUGGUUUAUGCUCACAGUAAGGAAUUAAUCACAGCUUGGUACAUAGGAUUUUUGGUUCUUAUUUUUUCAUCUUUCCUUGUCUAUCUGGUGGAAAAGGAUGCCAAUAAAGAGUUUUCUACAUAUGCAGAUGCUCUCUGGUGGGGCACAAUUACGUUGACAACGAUUGGCUAUGGAGACAAGACUCCCCUAACUUGGCUGGGAAGGUUGCUCUCCGCUGGCUUUGCGCUCCUCGGCAUUUCUUUCUUUGCACUUCCCGCUGGCAUUCUUGGCUCAGGUUUUGCAUUAAAAGUACAAGAACAGCACCGCCAGAAACACUUUGAGAAAAGAAGGAACCCAGCUGCCAACCUCAUUCAGUGUGUUUGGCGUAGUUACGCAGCUGACGAGAAAUCUGUUUCCAUUGCAACCUGGAAGCCGCAUUUGAAGGCCUUGCACACCUGUAGCCCUACCAAGAAAGAACAAGGGGAAACAUCAAGCAGUGAGUGCUGUAGUAGUAGACAGAAGCUCCUCCGAGUGUGCACCUCGUGGAAGCAGAGUCAGAAGCUCAGUUUUAAGGAGCGAGUGCGCAUGGCCAGCCCGAGGGGCCAGAGCAUUAAGAGCAGACAGGCCUCAGUAGGCGACAGGAGGUCCCCGAGCACGGACGUCACGGCCGACGGCAGCCCCACCAAAGUGCAGAAGAGCUGGAGCUUCAACGACCGCACCCGCUUCCGGCCCUCGCUGCGCCUCAAGAGUUCGCAGCCCAAACCAGUGAUAGACGACAUCUCUGGAGAGAAGUUGAAUGUACCCAGCAGGGACGGGCUGCAGCCAUCAGGCAGCACACGUGCUGACACGACGCUUGGCACUGAUGAUGCUUAUGAUGAGAAGGGAUGCCAGUGUGAUGUGUCAGUGGAAGACCUCACCCCACCACUUAAAACUGUCAUUCGAGCUAUCAGAAUUAUGAAAUUUCAUGUUGCAAAACGGAAGUUUAAGGAAACAUUACGUCCAUAUGAUGUAAAAGAUGUCAUUGAACAGUAUUCUGCUGGCCACCUCGACAUGCUGUGCAGAAUUAAAAGCCUUCAAACACGUGUUGAUCAAAUUCUUGGAAAAGGGCAGAUCACGUCAGAUAAGAAGAGCCGAGAGAAAAUGCCAGCAGAACACGAGCCCACAGAUGACCUCAGUAUGCUAGGCCGGGUGGUCAAGGUUGAAAAACAGGUGCAGUCCAUUGAGUCCAAGCUGGACUGCCUGCUAGACAUAUAUCAACAGGUCCUCCGGAAAGGCUCUGCGUCAGCCCUCACCUUGGCCUCGUUCCAGAUCCCACCUUUUGAAUGUGAACAGACGUCUGACUAUCAAAGCCCUGUGGACAGCAAAGAGCUGUCCAGUUCCGCACAAAACAGUGGCUGCUUAUCCAGAUCAGCCAGUGCUAACAUCCCCCGCGGGCUGCAGUUCAUUCUCACCCCAAACGAGUUCAGUGCUCAGACUUUCUACGCGCUUAGCCCUACUAUGCACAGUCAAACAACACAGGUGCCAAUGAGUCAGAGCGAUGGCUCCACAGUGGCAGCCGCCAGCAACAUUUCAAGCCAAAUAAAUGUGGCACCCAAGCCAGCAGCCCCAACAACUCUGCAGAUCCCACCUCCUCUCCCAGCCAUCAAGCAUCUGCCCAGGCCAGAGGCCCUGCACACACACCCCGCAGGCUUACAGCAAAGCAUUUCUGAUGUCACCACCUGCCUCGCUGUCUCCAAGGAAAAUAUUCAGGUUGCACAGUCAAAUCUGACCAAGGACCGUUCUCUGAGGAAAAGCUUUGACAUGGGAGGGGAAACUUUGUUGUCUGUCCACCCCAUGGUGCCCAAGGACUUGGGCAAAUCUUUGUCUGUGCAAAACCUGAUCAGGUCCACAGAGGAACUGAAUAUACAGCUUUCAGGGAGUGAGUCAAGUGGCUCCAGAGGCAGCCAAGAUUUUUAUCCCAAAUGGAGGGAAUCCAAGCUGUUUAUAACUGAUGAAGAGCUGGGUCCCGAGGAGAUGGAGACAGACGCUUUUGAUGCUGUGCCCCAGCCUGCCCGGGAAGCUGCUUUUGCCUCAGACUCUCUAAGGACUGGAAGGUCACGAUCAUCUCAGAGCCUUUGUAAGGCACGAGAAAGUACAGAUGCCCUCAGCCUGCCUCCUGUCAAACUGAAAUAAGUUCCUCGCUUUGUUUCUAGGCAUUGCAGUUCCUUUAGCCAUUACAUAUCAUUGCAUGAACUAUUUUGAAAGCCCUUCUAAAAAGUUGAAAUUGCAAGAAUUGGGAAGAACAUGAAAGUUAGUUUAUAAGCCUGUUAUCUUUCAAUUGCAUGAAAAUGCAUGUUUAGGGACGGCUGAAAUUCCAAGGUACAUCAACGUUAACCUACUCAUUUAGUAAUGUACCUCGAGUUAAAAAUCCUGAAAACCAGACACUGCUAAUGCUACGGAGUGUACGAAAAUGUCGCGAUCAGGUACUUUAGAAGAUUUGACUGUGUAUUUUGAAAUUAUGGGAGUAAACACCUUCAAAUUCCAGGCAUUUCUGCUGUGUCGUUAAAUACAAAAUACGUUUUCAAAAUUAGCCAUAAUGUGUGUUUAAACACAAUGGCUGUCAACAGCUGCUAAAGGUAUUGAGUAAAGCAGAAUUUGCGAAUAAUAGAAAUGGCUGCUUAUUUCAAGAUAUAUGUGCCAACCUAUUCCUACUUAACCAUUUUAUUAUUAAUGUAAUUUGAAUGUCAGUUUGUGUGCUUUUGGUGACAACGCUGUGGCGAGCAACUUCGCACAUCAUGUUCAUGUUGUUUUUUAUGACAAGAAUGUUCUUCAAUUAGAAAAUGUGCAAAUAAUUAAGUUCAGGGCCAGUGGGGCAAAUGGACUGACUACUGGACGUGUGUGACUUCAUGCAAACAUAUCCUGUGCUGAGUCAGCAUCACAAGUGGUCAGCUUCUGCAGGAGCCAGUGCCACCCGGUCAGCAGAAGGUAGCAGGCAGACUGACCUCUCUGCAGCGGCCCACCACAGGCCUGCCAGCACUGCCACCGCAGGGGAGCAUGGGCAGCUGAGGUACAGGUGGGAUCCCAGGGAGGGGACAUGUGAGCAAGGCUGAGACGGGAAAGGCCAGAAAAGAUCCAGACACAACACCGGCAGGCAGGCAAAGUCACGGAAAAUGCCUUCCCUCGAAGGCAACAGGAGGGAGACAUCAGCCACAACAAAACAACUCAAUUUUUUAGAAAAUGAAGAUUGCCAGGGAAUUCAGCUACCCAUUCUUAUUCGUCCUUUAUUCUUAUAUAUAAGCAGAAAGUUUUGCAAGGUAUUUAUUUUUAAUAUGUCCUGAAUGUUUUUUGCUGUUGUGUCUCAUUUUUUGCAUAUGAAAGGCUAAAACUAAACUUCCUUUACUUUUUAUACUGUAGUGAACAUUUUCUAUUCUCCCCAGAGUGUUGCCUCAAAUCUGAAAUUAUUGGUUCAGUUUCCUGGUGUAAACAUUUACAGUGAGAAGCCAGACAACACUGGCAGGGUCUGCAAAUCAAAACACUUAAUCAACAACUAGAAUAUGCAACCAUGUUCUGGGGGGUUUGAGGAGAAGAAGAAAAAAAAAACAAAAACAAAACACUUAAUCAUUUAGCAUGGCCGCAAAAAUACCAAGAGAAACAAAAUAAAAAAUGUACUUACCAGAAAGCAGGCAGUGCUGACUGCUUAUUAGAAACCAGCCCAGCUGUCUCAGACUGUCAGAGCUUCUGCUCAGGGAAUGACAUUCAAAAGGCAAGGAGAAGCAAGAUAACUUAAAGUCGGUUAAACUCUAGCCACGGAGGACUUCAGAGAGGAAGAGCUUUUUCCUUGGCCCAUAGUGGUGCCUCCAGAAGGCUUCUCCAGCAGCCAGGACGAAUGAGCAGGGAUAUCAACCUGCUAUCCAAAGGCAGGGGGCGGCCCUGAGAGCCACCAGCCCUCCCAGCUCUCUGCCGCGCCAGUUUCUCCAUGCCUGACUCUCCUGCUACUUGUCUUCUCCGUGAACUGCUUAUCCAUCCCUGCCACCAUUUUGCUUCUGAACUCCACCAGGACUUAACCAGCCUUCAUCCCCAAGUAGGCCACUCGUCUACUCUACCCAAAAUGUACUUUUCAACCUUUUAAAAUCCUGUUCCUUUUGAUAAACACUGAAAUUUUGAAAGCUUUCUCUUCUCACCCCACCUGGAUUCUAGCACACUCCCCUGGAGUGUAUCAUUCAAAAUCUUCUUGGCUGCUAGAGAUACAUAGAAGAUAGUCUAAAUUUUACACUCCAGUUAAGAAGAUUUUAUCAAGCUGUUAAAGCAAUUAUUUUCAUUUUUGAAAUAUAGAAUUUUAGUAAAUUAUUAAAUGCAAUUUUUCAUCCAUCCAUGUCUCUACUCAACCUGAAGUUGUGACACACCCUCCCCAGCAGGCUGCAGAGGUGCACACACACACGCACACCACUCCACUGACUGAAGCCACACACCUGCCAUGCACUCUCAGGCUCUCUCCAGGUACGAGUGAGGGCAGAGGGGGAGGCAGCGACUUUCAGGUAGCACUGAUUCUCGGACAUGCUCUGUCCUGGGUCAAACCCCACUGGCAGCAGAAUUCUGAAUGUACUGGGGACCCCUCCAUGGGCCUCUUUAGGCCUCAGACACAGUACAGUUCAUCCAGCAUUCUGAAGACUGAAGAUUCAGAAACAAAACCUAAAUGCAUCACUGAGGUCUUAAUUAUAGCAAAAUGUGGCAAACUAUGUUGUGAAAAACUUUCAUACAUUGAAGCCAUGACCAUUUGUGUCUGUCUUACUCCAGCACAACAAUUCUUAGAUGCUAAUGAUAGUUGUGUUGUGUGAAACUAUAGGCUUCUGUCCGCUGUGUUGUUCUGUACGGGGUUGAGAGGGGCUCCCGUUUACACUUAGCAAAGCCCAUUGGUCAGUCCCUAGUGGCGUCUUGAAGCACAAUUUGAUGGAGCACUGAGCAGCCACAUGCUGUCUCAGUCCAAGUUUGUCUGCCUUCUUCAACUUGUAAGAGUGAUCAAGCUAAGACUUUAUUGCAAACAUCCCUUAUAUGAGGUUAACUCAAAAAUUUUGCUGUGUCUGAUCUAAAUGUUUGCAUUUUGUUCAACUGAAUUAAUAUCUGUAGGUUGCAAGUUUUGUUUAAAGAGGACACUUUAUUGAGUUUUAAAUCUUCACCUCCUGUUCUAAGGUGCCUUUCUUACCUCCCAUUGACUGUGAUUCUGAAAGUCCUUAUUUUGCAGGUAAAACCAGUCUAAUAGAAAGGAGGAAAUCAGGCACAAAGUGACUAAUUCUUAUGCCCAUUUGCAAAGCAAAACUAUAAGAAAUGAUGAAACCCGAUCAAUUAAAUUAAUGGAGCACUUCAUUCAAUCAGAUUUUUAAAAUAUCAUAAUGUUAACUUAUCUCCCCAGAAGCCGAUUUUUUUGCCUUAAAUGAUGUGAUUGUGUUUUUGUAAGAGAAACAAUUUAAUAUAAUUAUGUGCAUUUAAGUGAGCAAUUCUAAAAGUCAUGUAUGACAGUACAAUUGUUUGUUUCCUGAAAACAAAUAAAUCAGGACUAUCAUAUCCAUUUCAAGCUAUCAUUAAAAUGU